AUGUCUUUGCAGUUGAACACCCCAUACAUUGUCGACGGCAAGGGUCACCUUCUUGGCCGUCUCGCCUCGAUCGUUGCCAAGCAGCUGCUUAGCGGACAAAAGGUUGUUGUCGUUCGCUCCGAGCUGAUCAACAUUUCGGGCAGCUUUUUCCGCAACAAGUUGAAAUACCAAGAGUUUCUGCACAAGUGCCACAUGAUUAACCCGAAGAAGAACGGUCCUUUCCACCACCGUGCUCCUUCGCGCAUCCUUGUCCGCGCUAUUCGUGGCAUGAUUCCUUACAAGACUGCGCGUGGUGCCGCUGCUAUGCAGAACCUCAAGGUGUUUGAGGGCUGCCCCCCGCCGUACGACCGCAAGAAGAAGAUGGUCAUUCCCGAUGCGCUUCGUGUGCUCCGCCUUAGGACUGGCCGUAAGUACGCUACCCUGAAGCGUAUCUCUGCCGAGUUUGGCUGGAAGUACGACGAGGUCGUCGACAAGCUCGAAGCGAAGCGCUUGGUCAAGAACCAGGCCUUCCACGACCGCAAGGUGGCCGCGACGAAGCGUCGUAUUGCCGCUAGUUCUGCUGCUGCCAGUGAGCUUGGCCCCAUCAACAGCGAGCUCGAGCUCCUCGGGUACUAG